UUAUCUAUAAUUCUAUUCACAUAUACCUUAUCUUUCUCCUGAUACUUAGAAUUUACCCCUUUUAUUGGGUUUAUAAAGGGAUAGUUUCUUAAAAAGCGCCUAUUUUCCAACUUAAAUACUGUCACGGGAUCGAAAAGACUUAUCUGCAGGUUUUGACAUUGAUCGCGCCUAUAAAGUUACUUAUCAUGGCCACGAGCGAACCUAAUUUCUACCUAUUUGGCGGAUAUAAGUCAUGGAAUGAGAACGCGUGGAGCUCCUCGGACGACCGCGUGCGCGGUGGUAAGAGUAGGAGCUACCUAGAGUGCUCGUCAGGCUCGAACAUAGUCACAUUCCACGGCAUGCUGGAUAUUAAAGUCCUGAAGGGGGCCGGGUUUGCGUCUCAGCGCACCGUUGACCCACAGAAUUGGGACCUGUUCGAUUAUCAGGGGCUCCGGCUUGGCGUCGGUGCCAGCGACGGCAAAAGGUACACACUCGUGCUCAAGGAUGAGGUACCUCCUAAGCGCACUGAGGACGUGUAUGAAGAAAGCACUGUGAGCUGGGAGUUCGAUUUUGUACCUUCAACAGACAGCGAAGUUAGUGUGCGGUGGGAAGACUUUAGGCCUACGUACCGGGGCGUACCGGUACAGGAUACGGAGCCUUUGCGCAUAGAUCGUAUCAAGCGGAUAGGGAUUUUGAUGCGAAGGUGAGUCAUUGCGAUAUCUUCCCACGUUCCAUGUAGCAUGCUUACUGAGUUUUGCAUAGUUUCUUCGGCGCACAGGAAGGUCCUUUCAAGCUGGAGCUGAAGUAUAUCGCGGCGAUCGAACCGGAGAAUAAACCACCAGAGGCUAACCCAAAAGAAUGAUCAAAUAGCAUCUCAAAACUAACUAAGUCGGACCGGGCAGAGUUGAACGAAGUCUACGGGGUAAAGCGGAGUGUCAGUUCCGUCAGUUGUACGAUAGGCAAAGGCUCGCCGGAUUAUGACAUGUGGCAAAGGUGCGCUACGUAUGUACUAUUAGAGGGGAUAAGGAAUAGGGGGAACUGUAAAUAGGUGACAGGUGUAUAUUGCUGUGGCCAUUUCAAUCUACGAGCCACGAGAGGCUGAAAAGUUAAGAUGAACACCUAGGCAUAUAUCCGCGGAGUUACAUCUAGAGACUCGAAGGUUUCUAUCUAUUCGAUUACUUCGGUAAAAUUUUGACACGUUUUCAAGAACGAGGUAACACUAUAUGAAAUACUAGGUAGAUUUACGUAUCACGACAGAACUUUGAACCGGAGAACUCGUAACUACGACUACGAGGCAACCAAUAACCUGACCUCUAAGGCAUAAAAUUUGCC